AUGUCGAAUCUUUUUUCCGGCAUUAACGCCCGUUUCCGAGGCGGCUCAGCUAAGCCCUCUGGCCCUCAAAAGAGCCCGACUUCGUCCACUGCCAGCCAGCCGCCACCUCCAGAGACGUCAUCUCAAGGGAGUCAAUCCUCGGCGAGCCUGGCCCCGAAGGUUCCUCCUCUGCCCAACUCUCCUUCGCUCGCCCAGACCAUCGGCAUGGAUGAAUCCAGUGGCGCCGUGGCUAGCGACGACCUCAUCUCUGCUUACCACCUGCCUCGACCUCUUCCCCUCUGGCUCAAUGCCCAGUAUGCCAAGCACAUCGUCAAGGGAAACUUUAUGACCCUCAGCGCUCGACCCAAGACUGUUGAGCAGGGUGAAUGGAUUGCGCACCAGGUUGUUGAGCAUUAUCGCAACCUCUGGAACUUUGUCCGGGUGCUACAUGAGAAGGAAGAUGACGGAUCCUCCAUCUGCAACUCGACUUCCUGCCCGCGCAUGUCGGCUGGAGCCAACCACUCCUUCACUUGGCUCAACAGAAAUAGAGAGCCCGUCGAGCUUCCAGCCUUUGAGUACAUGACACUUAUGCAGCGAUGGAUCUCGGGCAAGAUCGACGACACCAACAUUUUCCCGACCGACCCCUCUGGAGUCUCGUACUCGCACAAUUCCGCCAUCACCACGACACCUCUCUCCCAGCUGACGAACCCCGGUGAGCCCGAAUGGAUCGGCAAGCGAUCGGGCUUCCCUGACAAGUUUGUCGACAUUUGCCAGAUGAUCUUCCGACAGAUGUUCCGCGUCUACGCCCAUCUGUACUGGGCUCACUUUACCGAGCCCUUUUAUCACCUCAACCUUGAGAAGCAGCUCAAUAGUUGCUUCUCCCACUUUGUGCUGACGGCUACUGCCCUGGACAUGCUGAAGCCUGCCGAGCUUGAGCCCAUGCAGCCUCUGAUCGAUCUCUGGGCGGCCAACGGGACCUUCCCGCCGGAGUCCAAGGCUUAUGAGUAUGCCAAUCUCCGGGCGGGCGAGCGUCUUCUGCAGCUGUCCGGUGUGAGCCAAUAA